AUGGGCCGUAUAGGGAAUCUACUGCAUUUAGCUCUAAUAUCCAGAGUAGCCCUUUCUCAUAAGCACUCUCACGGGGCUGAAUCAAGUCACAAUCAUGAUGCAUUCUCGCACGUUGUACAACGUAUCCAAGACACCUUCUUUCCGUUUUCACCACGCUACAAUUCAGUGCUAGCCACCUUGGCUAUCCAAUUGGCCCCCUGUGUGGUCAUAUUCUCUAUCCCAGGUCUCAAGAAAAGCCAGAAAGGCGGCCAACAUAGUGCUUUUUUGCCCAUUCUAGUAUCAUUUGCAUUUGGAACCUUACUUGGCGAUAUUUUCCUACAUCUGAUACCGGAAAUAUUCGAGACAGUCUCUGUCGCUGGUGGAUCGCAUACUUCACCUAGUAUUUUAGGGUCAGCCAUACUGGCAGGCUUCAUGCUGUUCCUUUUCGUUGACAAAUCCUUGAGAGUCAUGUCGACAGGUUCCGGAGAGGAAAUCUCUUUGUCCUCUCAUUCACAUUCGCAUAUUCAUGAGCCGGCAGAAGCUGUCAGCAGCGGUACAGCAGAGGUCCCGCACAACGCCAGCAGGCUCACCAGGAGGAAAAAGGCUUCUGACCACAUCGCCACCCAACAGAAGAAACUUGUCGACGAUCCCGCCACUUCUCGAAAACCCAAUGUCUCGGCCUACCUCAGCAUCAUUACAGGCUGCGUACAUAACGUCACUGAUGGUAUUGCGCUGGCGUCAAGCUUUUACAGCUCCCGCCACAUCGGGGCCACCACAACCAUUGCAGUAAUGUUCCAUGAAGUGCCACACGAAGUAGGAGAUUUCGUCAUCCUACUAUCGGGAGGCUUUACGUUCGCGCAAGCCGUCAAAUCUCAGCUCAUCACUUCAGUCGGCGCGUUACUUGGAACCGCCAUCGGCUGCUUCCUCAACGAGUGGGGCAACACAGCCGGGUGGUACACUCAAUCCCCCCUUCUACUGCCGAUCAGUUGCGGUGGGUUCAUCUACAUAGCCACGGUCGCGGUUGCUCCGCAGGUGCUUCAAUCCAUCUCGGCCAGCAAGACACAAGAAAUCAAGCUCUGGGCUCUACAAUUCGUCUCCAUCGUCAGUGGAUUUGCAGUGAUGGCAGCUCUAAGAUUAAUAGAGUAG